GCAUAACCCAAUAGCCGGACGGCGCGGGCCGGAUCAUACUAGUUAGAUCUCUUUGGGCCUAGCCGAGAACGAAGUGAGGGUGGCUAGAGGUUCAAAUCCUUCCAACCUAAUCUCCAUGAGUUUGCAGUUGAGUACUUCUAUAGUAGACCAAACUACUAGGGACAUGGUGGGUACGUAUACAUUGGAAUAUAAUAAUCUGCUGAAGGACUGUCCGUCCUUCGGGGGCUCACGGCAUCCAAUCCAGAUCCCCGCCUACGCGACCCACCUCGGUUGGAUCUGGACGUCCCAGGAUGAGGCAUGAAAUGAAACCCCCAAGGCUGAAGCCGUCACUACUUGAGGCCGCUUAUCCCACUAUGGCAAAGAGUUCGAAGUUAAUAAAAGCAGCCACUUCGCAUUAGACUCAGCUUUCUCCCCCAGCUAGACAACCUCUCUUUCACACACAAAAACGAGAUCCUCGAUGUUUGGGACCCUGCGCUACCUGCCCGAGAACAAAACUGGGGAGUUUCUCGAGCGUGAAUCAGGGGUGGUGAGAAAUGCGCCAACCAACAAACCUCAACACUCUGCCUGUGAUAAUUGCAGGGUCAAAAAGAUCCGCUGCAGUGGCCGAAGAGCGGGAUGUUCGCGGUGCAAGACCCUUUUACUCCCCUGCAGCUAUACCCACGUCCCCACGCGGAAAUGCAAGAGGAAGCCACCGCCCAACUCGCAAAAGAAGGACAGCAGUAACGAGAACGAGAGCUGUCCGGAAGCUAGCGCGGCCCCCGGCCGAUCUCCCGCCAGGGAGGCUGCAGCCACAGCUGCAGUGCAGCCCUCCCUAUUGACCAUGGAACCCAUGGAACCACUACUGCAUAGACUAGACAAGAAUUACAUCGGGUUGGACAAGGCAAUGCAGCAGGUCGAAGGGAACUCCGACUCAGUGCUGGAUCCGGUGUUGAAGGAAAUAUCGACCUGGUCCAGUUGCCUCGAUUGGUCUCCAGGAAGGGAGGGCACCAGCAUGCCGGACUCCGACUAUCCGAUGACAGGGAAUCUACACCUCCCCGCCGAUCCCUUCUCUGCUGGUUACGCUGGGUCGGGAAAUACUGUACAGCCACCGCCGCCGCCGCCCACAGCCCUUGGGUUCACGCCACCAGAUCUGCUUCCCACUCCACCGUUGACCCAUAUCAUUGCCUCCACCGGGAGUAUAAAUCGAUCAAGUGAGGAUACUUCUGAGAUUGCUAUGGAAGAGAAAUCUUCGUGCUCAUGCUUGAACUCGGCAGUCAUCCUGCUGGACGAAUUGGAGACGCCCCACCAUGACGGGGCCCCCGGCGAGCAGGGUCUCGACUCUAUUCUUUCGAUCUACCAGGAGGUGCUCUUUCUGUGCAAGCGCAUGAUCAACUGCGACACCUGCCGGCGGAAGUCGGAGAAUAUGAUGGUGCUCACCAUGGUGCUGGAGCGAUUGGCCAUUCUGUGCGGGGAGGUGAUUGAUGCUUUUAUCGCUCAGAGGGAAGCCAACGGGCUGGGGGCCCUGCCCGUCCCCGUCGCCAUGAUGGAGAAGCAGCCGUUGGUUCUAGGCGAGUACGAAAUCCAGAGGGGAGACUACGAGGUCAUGAUGGGGAUGCUAGUGACUCGGCGGCUGUCGGAAUUGGAAAGCCUGCUAGCCCGCAUGAAGAUGAUCAGCUCCCUCACCCGCCGCGCUCAUCAGCAGGCCCGAAUGGCGCGCGUGGAUCAGCAUAUUAAGAACUUGUUUCGGAAGCUCGCUUCCGUCUGCCCUCUGGUCAACGAAUGGAGGGUCGAUCCAAAUCGGCUAGUAGUCACGGAUGCUGCUCGGAGAAGCAUCUAAGUUACGGAUUAUACGACGUAUGGUUUAUAAAGGAUAGUGAAAUAAACGUGCACGUAUCAGAUAAAUAUUUCCAAGAUCAUUAGCUCGUAGCGACCCCCUUUUUCUUUUUCCUUUUUCGUUAUUGUUGUUUGCAGUGUCUACUUGAAAGCGUGGAAGCGAGAAAGGGGAUAUACUCUCGGGGGUUACCUAUUUGGGCAAAUCCCACGAGACCAGGCAAUGUCUGUCAAGCUCGAUACGCCAAUGAACUUAAGGGUGAGCAGGUAUAUAUCAAGCCGUUGAAGAAGCAAUUUCAAUGCU